UUCACUUGCUUUAAAUUUUACGUUAAUCUGGAGAAUUUUUAUCACUUGUAUUUUAUUUUCUCCUAUUUAUUUUUUGUAUUAUUGGUGAUAAUUAAUUAAUUAAUUAAAUAAACAGAUAAUAAUGUCACCGAAGUCGUUGCUGAGGCACCCGGACGCUCAGUCAAAUUUAAGCGAAAUCGAAACUGGAACUUCAUUUGCUGCAAUUUAUCCAGAUUCAUCACCGACAAUAAUAGCACCAGAGGCUGUUAAAAAAGUUGUUAUUUGCAGCGGCAAAGUUUAUUACGAUCUUAUUGCCGAGAGGAGAGAAAGAAAACUCGAUGAAUUAAUAGCAAUUGUCAGGAUUGAACAGAUAUGUCCCUUUCCAUAUCACUUGGUAGCCAAGGAAAUUUCAAGGUUUCCUAUUGCCAAGAUAAUGUGGGUGCAAGAAGAACAUCAAAACCAAGGUGCAUACUACUACGUCCGCGAUCGCAUUGCACUGGCAUUAGGAUUACCCAUAGAAGAGAUAAGAUACGGAGGCCGCGCACCAUCGGCCGCACCUGCUACAGGCAGCAAAAUGAUUCACCAACAAGAAAUACAAGAUUUUUUAAACACCGCCAUGAGUAUUGAGUAAUUUAGCUUACAUAAAAUAAGUUAAGUUAGAAAAAACUCACGGAUAAACAUAAAUACCGCUUGCGUCUCUUAAACCAAACAACCGAUCCGUCAAAAGAAUAACGAUUCAUUUUUUAUAAAUUAUUCUCCACUUGUCCAAUUGAUCUAGCUCACAUUAUAUUCACCAGCUAGAUCUCUACUGCAUUAUUGACUCAAAUGUAUGAUAUUAGUGAUGUACAGAUAGAAGGAGGAAGCGAUAUAUACAUAUAUAUUUAAGAAGAAGAAUAAAAAUGAUUUAUUAUUAUUAUUAUUAUUGGCAAUCAAUGAGAACUGGUAUUGAAAGGUGUCGAUUGUCAAUUCAACCAAGUGUUAAUAAUUGACGUAAUAUAUUCAUGUAAUAUUUACACACGUGUAUUUAUUAUUAUUAUUUAUUUUUUUUUUAGCAAUUAAUAAGUGACCGGUUGAAUAAA